AAUAGCUUGUGUAGUAAUACUGUACCUGUGGAAGUGAGGUAUGAAAUAACGGCUUUUGCAAAAUUUGUUCUGUGUGCUUAAGAAUAUGCGUGGAAUAUGACAAAAUGGCUUGUAGUUUUACAAUGCAAAACUGAACUGUGCAAUGCAACUUGUAAUAAUUAUAGUAUUUAAAGAAAAGUCAGGCGAAGGAACUAUCGGGGCUGUAGUCUGCAAGUUGAUCGCGUCUCACGGACUGGAGUGCGGCUGCGCGCACGCAGACCGUUAAGUGUCAGCGCAGCCGGAGCGGAGUGAGGACGGUGGCGGCCGGGACGGUUCGGAGCUGGAGGCUGCGAGUUGGGUGGGGUUCUUCCCGUGACUGGAGGUGGCGGACUUCAUUUCGCGACUCUGUGUGCGUGGUUUCUGAUCUCCGCACGGUGGGCUCCAGUGGCCGGCCGGCUGGUGGGGUCGGUCGCCAUGGGCAACCGUGGGAUGGAGGAGCUCAUCCCCAUGGUCAACCGCCUGCAGGAUGCCUUCUCCGCCGUCGGCCGGAGCUGCAGGCUGGACCUGCCGCAGAUCGCGGUGGUGGGCGGGCAGAGCUCCGGCAAGAGCUCGGUGCUGGAAAGUUUCGUUGGCAGAGAUUUUCUUCCUCGAGGGCCAGGCAUUGUUACAAGACGGCCUCUCAUUUUACAACUGGUUAACUCUAGCACAGAAUAUGCUGAAUUCCUACAUCGUAAAGGAGAGAAAUUUAUUGAUUUUGAAGAAGUGUGUCGUGAAAUUGAAGUAGAAACAGACAGGGCAACUGGAACAAACAAAGGGAUUUCGUCAAUACCCAUUAACCUGAGAAUCUACUCACCAAAUGUGCUAAACUUGACCUUGAUUGACUUGCCUGGUAUCACAAAAGUGCCAGUAGGAGAUCAACCAGCAGAUAUUGAGUACCAGAUCAGGGACAUGAUUAUGCAAUUCAUCAUACAGAAGAGGUGCCUUAUUUUAGCCGUAACACCAGCUAACACUGAUUUGGCUAAUUCAGAUGCACUUAAGUUAGCAAAAGAUGUUGAUCCUCAAGGUUUGCGAACUAUUGGUGUAAUUACCAAGCUUGAUCUAAUGGAUGAGGGUACAGAUGCCAGGAAUGUCUUGGAGAACAAACUGCUGCCUCUUCGCAGAGCCAUGUUUCCUGAGAUAACAGAGGUGUUCCCCGAGACUCCAGCUGCUUCACCCGCUCCCUGGAUGGUCCUGAGUCUGUCAGGAUAUAUUGGUGUUGUCAACAGAAGCCAGAAGGAUAUUGAAGGAAAGAAAGACAUUAAAGCAGCACUUGCAGCAGAAAAAAGUUUUUUCCUUUCUCACUCAGCAUAUAAACACAUGGCAGAACGGAUGGGAACUCCGUAUCUUCAGAGGAUCCUCAAUGAGCAACUGACAAACCACAUUCGGGAGACUCUUCCAGUGCUGCGAGAAAAGCUUCAGAGACAGUUAACAAAUUUAGAAAAGGAGGUAGAAGAGUUUAAAAACUGCCGUUGUGAUGACCCUGCCUUGAGAACCAAAGCUCUUUUGCUGAUGUUAAAGCAGUUCUCUGUGGACUUUGACAAGAAAAUUGAAGGAUCAGGCAGUCACGUGGAUACUGCAGAAUUAUCAGGUGGUGCAAGAAUCAACAAAAUAUUCCAUGAGCGAUUUCCUUUUGAACUGGUGAAGAUGGAUUUUGAUGAAAAGGAUCUACGACGAGAAAUUAGUUUUGCUAUUAAGAAUAUCCAUGGUAUCAGACCAGGUUUGUUUACCCCUGAUAUGGCCUUUGAAGCUGUUGUGAAGAAACAGAUUGUGAAAUUCAAGGAACCUUGCCUGAAGUGCGUUGAUUUGGUUAUCCAAGAAUUAAUACAUACAAUUAGACAGUGCAGCCAUAAGCUGGGCAGGUACCCAAAAUUGCAGGAAGAGACAGAAAGGAUUAUUUUCAGCUACAUACGAGAACGAGAAGAUAGGACAAAGGAUCAGGUAUUGUUACUGAUUGAUAUCCAGUUGUCUUAUAUCAAUACAAAGCAUGAAGACUUCAUUGGGUUUGCAAAUGCCCAACAAAGGUGUGGUCAGCUUAAUAAGAAGCACACUGCUGGGAAUCAGGUGGUCAGAAAAGGUUGGCUCACCAUCAGCAAUAUCAGCAUCAUAAAAGGAGGUUCCAAGGAAUAUUGGUUUGUGUUGACUGCAGAGUGUCUCUGUUGGUUCAAGGAUGAAGAGGAAGAUGAGAAAAAAUAUAUGUUGCCUUUAGAUAACCUGAAAAUUCGAGAUGUGGAGAAAAGCUUUAUGUCCAGCAAAAAUGCAUUUUCACUUUUUAAUACAGAACAAAGGAACGUUUAUAAGGAUUAUCGAUUUUUAGAACUUGCUUGUGACUCUCAGGAGGAGCUAGAUGGUUGGAAAGCUUCCUUUCUUUGGGCUGGUGUUUAUCCAGAGAAGUGCACUCUUGAUAAUGAAGAGGCAGUAGGUAUGCAUAACUUCACCAAGGACCCUCAGCUGGAGAGACAAGUGAUGACUAUACGCAACUUAGUCGAGUCAUACAUGUAUGUCAUUAACAAGACUAUCCGGGACCUUAUGCCAAAGAUAAUUAUGCACCUUAUGAUAAAUAAUACUAAGGAAUUUAUCAACACAGAACUUUUGGCAAAACUGUAUUCCUCAGAAGAGCAAAAUGCCCUAAUGGAGGAGUCACUGGAACAGGCAGAAAGGCGUGAUGAAACACUUAGAACAUACAAUGCUAUCUGUGAGGCACUGAAUAUUAUUGGCGACAUUAACACUAAUACCGUGUCAGUUCCCAUACCGCCUCCCGUGGACAAUUCCUGGUUACACACAGAGCACAGUCCUAAAGAUCCACAGUGGCGGCCUUUAUCUGGCCAUCCACUAUGCAGACAAUCCAGACGUGCUCCAAUUUUAUCCACUCAAUCAAAACAUUCUUCAUCAAGUGACUCUCCACUCACAACCCACCCAGGCAUUCCGGAUUCCCUCAGUGGUCCUAGCAACACUGAAGUAUUGGCAGGUUCCCCUUCGGGGUCCACACAUGGGCCCAUCAUCCCCAGGCGGCCCCCUCCUGCAGUUCCUGGAAGACCAACUUUAUAAAGACACUAAUUUAACUCAGUAUUCAUGUUUAUAUUGUAUUUGUAUUUCUGAUGUUUUGUCUCAUCUAUUGCACUAUUUUCAUGUAUAUAAUGUUAAUUUUAUGCUGGCAAUAAAUC